UGAUUCUCCGGGGUGUUUCUACAGGAAGGCGGACAUGUUGGUCAGGCUGUGAGAGAAUAUCGAGCACUCUUUUUUGAAAAAUAGCAUCGAUUAAAGUCUGAUUUAUCUUUAUUGUUAGAGCCUUGUGGAUUACAUGCAUGUCGAGAAACGUAAAGCCGGCCAUUGGACCAAGAGAGAUCAAUCGCGGAAGUGCUUAUUAAGGAUCGUUUUAACCUGGAUCGUCUUUUAACUUAAUCGAAAUUUGAAAGGCGAAGUUUUUUUCGCCAGUUCUUACUUUGCAGCUGUCAGACUUGUUUGGCCUCGCACUCAUAUGGACACAUAUGUGGAUAAACUAAGUUAAUGUGACCGCAUGUUAACUUCGCAACACUUAUUUUAUCACUUAUUUUGAGUGAAUGUAAUGUUUGUGUGUGUUUUUUUAAAUAGUCGGUUCCACUCGUUUCUCAUGAAGCUAAAUUAGCUUAGCGCAGUAUAAUCUGUUGCUGCUACUUUUGUGUUUGUUUGCCAAGUUGUCAUGGACUAAUUCGUGCGUCCCGUCUUGUUUUUCUUUUCUGAAAAUGUGGCUUUUCGUCAUUUCUCCGUCUUUCAUGGGUUUCAGCGAACGUGAUAAUAGGGGAGUAAGACAUAAAACGUCGCUUUGAUCAAACUGCUGUUUAUUGUAUUGUGAGGGCAGGGGAAGUUAGCGAGCUAACUCGCUAAUCUUAGCCAGAUAAACUCAUAUCUCCUGGAUUAAACUCAUUUGAUCGCUUACAAACAUGUCUAUUGGAGAAAGUUUGACAGCUCGUUUCGAGAAGAUCGAUGCCAUGCUGAAGGAUCCCAAAUCAGAGGUCAACACAGACUGCCUAUUGGACAGUUUGGAUGCUCUGGUCUACGACCUUGAUUUUCCAGCCUUGAGGAAAAACAAAAGCAUUGAUAACUUCUUAAACAGAUAUAAGGACACAAUCAGCAAAAUUCGACAGCUUCGUAUGAAGGCAGAUGAUUAUGAAGUGGUAAAGGUCAUAGGCAGAGGGGCAUUUGGGGAAGUACAACUGGUGAGGCACAAAGCCACACUGAAAGUAUACGCCAUGAAGCUGCUUAGCAAGUUUGAGAUGAUCAAGAGGUCGGACUCCGCUUUCUUCUGGGAAGAGAGAGAUAUUAUGGCCUUUGCCAAUAGUAAUUGGGUAGUACAGCUGUUUUAUGCAUUCCAAGAUAACCGCUACCUCUACAUGGUGAUGGAGUAUAUGCCGGGCGGUGACCUGGUCAACCUCAUGAGCAAUUAUGACGUGCCAGAGAAGUGGGCACGUUUUUAUACUGCUGAGGUGGUGCUGGCGCUUGACGGCAUCCAUUCUAUGGGCUUUAUUCACAGGGAUGUAAAGCCUGACAACAUGUUACUAGACAAAUCAGGCCACCUGAAGCUGGCUGACUUUGGGACCUGCAUGAAAAUGAACAAGGAUGGUAUGGUACGAUGUGACACGGCAGUAGGAACUCCAGACUACAUUUCUCCAGAGGUACUGAAGUCACAGGGAGGAGAUGGUUUAUAUGGCCGAGAGUGUGACUGGUGGUCUGUGGGGGUUUUCCUGUAUGAGAUGCUAGUUGGUGACACACCGUUCUAUGCUGACUCGCUAGUGGGCACCUACAGCAAGAUCAUGAACCACAAGAACGCCCUGACCUUCCCCGAUGACAGCGACAUCUCAAAAGAUGCAAAGAGCCUUAUAUGUGCUUUCCUCACAGACAGGGAUGUGCGACUAGGACGCAAUGGAGUCGAUGAGAUCAAGCGACAUUCUUUUUUCAAGAACGACCAAUGGGCAUGGGAGAACAUCAGAGAGACCGCUGCCCCGGUUGUCCCGGAGUUGAGCAGUGACACUGACACAAGUAACUUCGAUGACAUUGAGGAGGAUCGAGGGGAGGAGGAGACAUUCCCCAUUCCUAAAGCAUUUGUAGGCAACCAGCUUCCAUUUGUAGGGUUCACCUACUAUAGCAAUAACCAGUUUUCUCGGGGAGUAGCCAAAGAGACAAGUAACACACGCAGUUCGAUUAAAGAAGAUAAGAGUCAACUGGAGAAUCUUCAGAAGAGGAUCUAUCAGCUAGAAGAAACCCUUCACAGCGAGAUGCAGCUGAGGGAUGAGAUGGAGCAGAAGUGCAGGGUGUCCAACACAAAACUAGACAAGAUAAUGAAAGAGUUAGAUGAGGAGACUAACCUGAGGAAGAGUGUGGAGGCUAAUGUGUCUUUAUUGGAGAAAGACAAGCUCAUGAUCCAGCACAGGGCAACAGAACACCAGAGAAGAGCUGACCAGGAGGCAGAAAAGAGACGAAAUCUAGAAAAUGAGGUGUCAACUUUGAAGGAGCAGCUAGAAGACUUAAGGAAAAUCAGCCAAAACAAUGAGAAGCUUUCCCACCUGCAGAACCAGCUUGGGGAGGCCAAUGACCUCCUGCGGGCUGAGUCGGACACGGUGGCGCGUCUGAGGAAGAGUCACACGGAGAUGGUGAAGUCCAUGAGUCAGCUGGAGGAUGUGAAUCGUGAGCUGCAGGAGAAGAGCCGUGCGGCAGAGAGCGCCAGACAGCAGCUGGAGAAAGAGCUGCUGCAGCUUCAGACCACGCUGGACACUGAGAGGAGAAUCAGCAGCCAGGGCUCAGAGGAGACCCGAGAACUGCAGGCUCGUAUCACGGGUCUGCAGGAGGACAACAAGAACUUGAAGCAGAACGUUUCUAAAGUGGAGCUGGAGAGGAAACAAAUCCAGGAGAGAUGUAACGCCCUUGAAAAGGAGAAGAACAGUCUGGAAAUCGACUUGAACUACAAGCUUAAGACCCUACAGCAGCGGCUGGAUCAGGAACUGACUGAACACCGCGUCACCAGAGCUCAGCUCACGGACAAAUACGAAUCCAUCGAGGAGGCCAAGUCAGCUGCUAUGCAUGCGGUGGAGCAGAAGGUAUCAGAUGAGAACUUACAGCGGAUGCGGGCAGAGAGCCGUGUGGUGGAGGUGGAGAAGCAGUGCUCCAUGUUGGAGUUUGACCUCAAGCAGUCUGUGCAGAAGAUGGAGCAGCUCAUGAAGCAGAAGGAGCGCUUGGAGGAGGAGGUGAAGGUCUUGCGGGUGCAGCUUGAGCAGGAGUCCGGGAAACGCUCUCUUGCCCAGAACGAUCUGAAAAGCUGGACGAUGGAGGCCGAGCGUCUGAAGGGAUCAGAAAAGCAACUCAAGCAGGAGAUCAACUCUGCUCUUGAAAACAAGCGUUCCCUUGAGUUCCAGCUGGCACAGCUCACCAAGCAGUACAGAGGAAAUGAAGGUCAGAUGAGGGAACUUCAGGACCAGCUGGAAGCUGAGCAGUAUUUCUCCACGCUGUAUAAAACUCAGGUGAAAGAGUUGAAAGAGGAUGUUGAGGAGAAGAACCGUCACAUCCAGGAGGCUCAGAGAAAAGCUCAAGAGCUGCACUCUGAGAAGGAGUCACUCUCCGCACAGUUGGAUCUUACCGUGACAAAGGCUGAGUCAGAGCGGUUGGCCCGGGUGUUGCAGGAGGAGCAGUAUUUUGAGCUCACUCAGGAGAGCAAAAAAGCUGCCUCCCGAUACAAUCAGGAAAUCGCGGAAAAGGACUCGAUCAUCACACGGCUUGAGGAAUCCAAUAUUACCCUAACCAAAGAUGUGGAGAUCCUCAGCAAGGAGAAGACUGAGUUGAGCGAGCAACUUCGAGUUCAAGAAGAGGCAUUUGAAGCAGAGAAGGAAGAGGUGGCAAACUCGGUCAAGGCAACCUUGGAGAAGGCCCUUAACAAUGAAAGAACCUUAAAGACACAGGCGGUGAAUAAGCUGGCUGAGAUCAUGAACCGUAAAGACAUGAGGCCGAAGAAGAGAGACAGCACGACUGACUUGCGCAAGAAGGAGAAGGAGAAUCGCAAACUGCAGCUGGAGCUGAACCAGGAGAAGGAGAAGUUCAACCACAUGGCCAUCAAAUACCAGAGAGAGCUCAGUGAGAUGCAAGCACAACUGGCAGAGGAGUGCACGUAUCGUAAUGAGCUGCAAAUGCAGCUGGACAGUAAAGAGAGCGAUAUCGAGCAGCUCAGAGAAAAACUGAAUGAUCUGCAGCUCCGCAUGGACAACUCCAGUGUCACCAGCCUACAGCCAGACGAUACCGAUGGUAACAUUGCAGAAUCAAGACUUGAAGGUUGGCUAUCGAUACCGAAAAGGGCCAAUAUUAAACGAUAUGGCUGGAAGAAGCAGUAUGUUGUGGUGAGCAGUAAGAAAAUACUCUUUUACAACGAUGAGCAAGAUAAGGAGCAGUCCAACCCUUCUAUGGUACUAGACAUUGACAAACUAUUCCAUGUACGGCCUGUGACACAAGGCGACGUAUAUCGAGCCGAGACUGAUGAAAUUCCCAGAAUUUUCCAGAUCCUUUAUGCCAAUGAAGGUGAGUGUAGGAGGGAAGCGGAUAUGGAGAACGUUCCUCAAGGGGAGAAGUCCAACUGCUUGCCACACAAAGGCCACGAGUUCAUUCCCACCCUCUACCAUUUUCCCUCUAAUUGUGAGGCUUGCUCCAAACCGCUGUGGCACAUGUUUAAGCCCCCACCGGCCCUGGAAUGCCGCCGUUGCCAUGUCAAGUGCCACAAAGAUCAUCUGGACAGGAAGGAGGACGUUAUCGCCCCUUGCAAAGUGAAUUACGACGUGACGUCAGCUCGAGACAUGCUACUUUUGGCCUUGUCCCAAGAUGAGCAGAAGAAAUGGAUCGGUCAUCUGGGCAAGAAGAUUCCCAAGACCCCACCGUCUACCUUCUCAAGGGCUUCCCCACGCAACGUGUCCACUCGCUCCACAAUAAACCAAUCCUUCCGCAAGAAUCCAUCAAAAAACACAAACAAGCUGAGCAGGGCGCAGUCCAGUCUCCAAGCGGCAGACACAACAUCCAGCACAUGCUGACAGCAACACACAGCUGCUCCAGACCUUAAUGUUGUAAUGCUAACCAUCUGAACCAUGGGAUUGAAUUGGGACAUUGUACUUCUCCAAAAUCUGCAAAAAAAAAAAAACAUAAACGGGAAAAGUGAAACAAAAAAGCAAAACUUGGAAUUAAUGUUGUUACAUUUCGCAAGUGAAUUGAAAUAUAGACAGUCAUUGGUGCCGAAAUUCAGGAUUUGCCCAUCGUGAGGCAUCAUAGACAUUUAAGGACUCCUUUUGAGCCCUCCAACCCUGCGAUUUCCUCAACUUUCGCCUUUUAAACACCAUGACUCCUACAAUCUUUCCAGAGGAAAACUUGGACAGCGUUUUAGGUCUUGGGAAUGAAAACUAUAAGCUGUUCACAUGUCUUGCUAUUAAAACCUCUGGGAUUGGGACCAUAGCUUGUUAUCAUGGGUGCAUUUUGGGGAAUAAACUAUUAGGGGUCUUUGGGACAGUCAUUCUGAUUUGCAAACUAUUUCCUUCUAGAUCGUCUUCGAUGCCUUUUUUGACGGACUCUGGUUGCCUUAUUCUAUCCCUCAAAGUCUGUAAGAUUAAUGGGGUUGGGUGAAGUUUUGGGUACUGAGAGUUCCAUUUUGGGGGGGUUGUUUGGUUGUUUUGAGGAGCAUGCAGGAUAAAUCCAGUCUAUGCAUAAUAUUUUCAUCAUUAUCAUUAUUGUUUGUGGAAGCUCCAAGCCAUUGGAACGUCAUCGUUAUGGCAUCAGGAGGUAAAAAUUGUCAUAGAAACCAUUUUUUCGUGUGUUUAUUGGGUACAUUGUUUCUGUAAUUUUUUGUUUAUCUUUUUGUAAUGUAUUGCCUUACAUUUGAUUCAUAGAUAAAUGGUUCAAAAAGGAAAACAUUAAGUUAACAAAUGUAAAACUGCACUGUUUGAAUUAUAAGUUAUUUGUAGAAGACUAAACAGGUGUAGCAUUUGGCUCACCUAGUGCCUUUUGGAUAACGAUUUUACUGCCAUAUCUGUUUGCGUUUCUCUCCAAAACAAGACAAAUCUUUCUCUUUUUUUCUUUAAAAAGCAUAACCGCAUUGUGAUUUUAUCAGAACAUAAAUGGUUUGAAUCGGAACGAUCCUCUUUAUUGGAUAUAUUAAACGUUCUCAACCAAAGUUUAUUAUUAAGCGUUCUGCGUGACGGCGGCAAGAUAUUCUGCUGUUUCUGAAUAUGUUGAUGUAUUAAAACCAGAAAUGUCUUCAUUUUCCCCUUUAAAAAUAGUCUCUUUCAGUGUACAUAACUAAAUGAAACAAGAUCAUGAAUACCUCCUCAAUUAUCCAACAUGGUUUUUUACAUAUGUGUUCAGUAAAUUAAGCACUGGAACUACGAUCUGUUUUGUCUUGGAUGAAUUGCAUGUUAAACUGCAUUGGAGGCCGCACUGAUGGAUAUGUGUCAAUAAACAUAUCUUUAUCACC